UACAUAAAACUAUUUGUAGAUUGUCUUGAAGCCGCCACUCGCCGCCCUCCAAAAAACCUACACAAGAAUACACAAAACCACACACAUCCUUAGGCGAUAAUCUAAUAACAGAACACCGCCCAAAAAAUAAGAGAGAGCUUCUUCAUGGCCGCAUCUCAAAACGAUGGCGUAUACCAACCGCUUCUCCACCCUCAGUCUGAUGGAACGGUGCCGCUUUCUCCUUCGACGGAGUCUAGCAACGGCGAGCUAGAGAGAGUGCUUUCCGACGUGGAAACUCCGUUGUUUCACCGCCUUCGUAAGGCCACAAUGAUUGAAUCCAAGCUUCUCUUCAAACUUGCUGCGCCUGCGGUCAUCGUGUACAUGAUAAACUACCUCAUGUCCAUGUCCACUCAAAUAUUCUCUGGCCAUCUCGGAAACCUAGAACUCGCUGCCGCUUCACUUGGUAACACCGGGAUACAAAUCUUCGCAUACGGUCUCAUGUUAGGAAUGGGUAGUGCGGUAGAAACGUUGUGUGGUCAAGCGUUUGGAGGUAGAAAAUACGAGAUGCUUGGCAUAUAUCUCCAGAGAUCCACCGUGUUACUCACUCUCACCGGCGUUCUCCUAACGUUAAUCUACGUCUUCUCCAAACCCAUUUUGCUUUUCCUCGGAGAGUCGCCGGAGAUAGCUUCCGCCGCGUCUAUCUUCGUAUACGGCCUUAUCCCUCAAAUCUUUGCCUACGCCGUUAACUUCCCUAUCCAAAAGUUUCUACAGUCGCAAAGCAUCGUUGCUCCGAGUGCUUACAUCUCAACGGCCACGCUCUUCGUUCACCUUCUCUUAAGCUGGCUCGCUAUAUACAAGCUUGGCAUGGGGCUUCUUGGAGCGUCGCUGGUGCUCAGCCUCUCGUGGUGGAUUAUUGUGGUGGCUCAGUUUGUUUACAUCGUGACGAGUGAUCGGUGUCGUGAGACGUGGAGAGGGUUUAGUGUGCAGGCGUUCUCGGGGCUACCGAGUUUUUUCAAACUCUCCGCCGCCUCCUCCGUGAUGCUAUGCCUUGAAACUUGGUAUUUUCAGAUUCUCGUUCUUCUCGCCGGACUUCUCGAGAAUCCGGAGCUAGCUCUUGAUUCUCUCUCCAUUUGCAUGACGAUUUCAGGAUGGGUGUUUAUGAUAUCUGUUGGAUUCAACGCAGCGAUAAGUGUAAGAGUGAGCAAUGAAUUGGGAGCUGGAAACCCUAAAUCAGCAUCGUUUUCUGUUAUCAUCGUCAACAUAUAUUCGUUAAUCACAUGUGUGAUCUUAGCCAUUGUGAUCUUGGCGUUCCGUGACGUCUUGAGCUAUGCUUUCACCGAAGGUGAAGAAGUUUCAGCUGCAGUUUCUGAUCUCUGCCCGCUUCUUGCUUUAACGCUUGUCCUCAAUGGAAUCCAACCCGUCCUUUCUGGUGUGGCGGUUGGAUGCGGUUGGCAAACGUUUGUGGCCAAAGUUAACGUUGGAUGUUACUACAUUAUCGGAAUUCCUCUUGGGGCUCUCUUUGGAUUUUACUUCAAGUUCGAUGCCAAGGGUAUAUGGACGGGAAUGAUAUGUGGAACUCUUAUACAAACUGUUAUUUUAGCAUGGGUCACGUUUCGAACAGACUGGACAAAAGAGGUGGAAGAAGCUUCUAAAAGGUUGAACAAAUGGAGCAACAAGAAACUGGAAGUGGUUCCCGAAUGAACCGAUUGGAUUCAUCGUUUUAAAUUAAAAAUGGUCCUAGUGCUCAAGUUAACCGGUGAGUUGAUACAAUAGGACAUGGAUAUCAUCUCUUAAACCUCUUCAAUUCGGUCUAAGCUUUCAUUAAUUUAUGUGUUUGCUUAAAAUAAACAACAAUUAGGUGAUGUAUCUUGAAUGUCAAAUUAAAAUUGUUAAUUGCUUUA